AUGCAAGGCGUGGCGCGCCCGGUGCGGCCGCCGCCGCCGAGCGAGUGGCGCCUACACUUGAAGGCCACAACGCCACUGUGCAUCGAGGCGGUGAAGACGCUGCCGACCGCGCACACACGGACACAUCACUUCCUACGCCGUGUGCUGCGAUACAUGGACGCGGCCCAGUUUGCCGGGCUGCGCACGUCCCGCACCAUCAAGCCCACGCGUCUGCCGGCAGAGGACAUCCGGCGGGCGGUCGAGAUGGGCAAGUUUGAGCUGUGUGCCCCGGACCUUGUUGGGGUCGCGACGGGCCGCUGGGAACCAGACGCCGGAACGGACGGCGAGCUGCGGGUGUGCUGCCUGAGGGUGUGCACGGCGUGA